UUAGUCAGAAACUUCCUAUCGUCCAUAAACGAUUUGUAUACUCUUGGUAACUGUUGCUAUGCUUCAUGGUUUUUCAUUGGUUAAAUGGGCCAAGAUCUCGUGGUGUUGUUAGAUGUGCGGUAGUGAUGCGCGGGUCGACCAUAGGGCGGUGUGGGCGGUUAUUUUAAGAGAAAAAUGCGGGUUGCGUCAAUCUGAAUAAUUUUAAAUAUUUGAAUUAUAUUUAGGAGAAAGCUCUCCUUGUCUCUUCCCUGUUCUGUCUCGGAUAUGCAGCAGUCAGAGCCUUCUACCAGUGUAGCCUGCAUGCAUCUCCUAAACUCUUGUCUUUCACAACAAAGUGCACUUAAACAAGGAUAUAGGCCUAAUAGACUCGUUCCUCUCUCUCCCUCCCUCUCAUACAAGAUCACGGAGGGGGGAACAUGAUAUCUUCAGCUUGUAACGUUAUGGUCUAACAUAAGGCCUGAUUUUAUAUUUUCCAAGGAGGUUUGCAUUUAGUCGCUCUGCCUUUUAGAAUAAUUUUCACCAUAACUGAUAUCCAUACAGCACACCGCCAAUUUGCUAGAAGCUCUUGCAAAUCACAAUGUCAACUCGUCGGUUUCUCUUUUUUCUCUCUCUCCAUUUCAGCGGGUUGUGUCGGGCUGGAUUAAAAUUCAACAGGUUGCGGGUCGGGUGUCUUGAUGGGUCAGGUUGGUGCGGGUGUUAAAAAUACUUGACCCGCGCAUCACUAAUGUGUGGUAAUAUGGUAGAUGUGUAUGAGUUUGACUUUGCCACUGAUGUUCUUCUGUCCCUAGCUGCUAUUUGUAUGAUGUUGUAAUAAGCUUCCUAAUGCUCUUGGUUGGAUAACCACGAUAGAGGCAGAUAACUAGAUUAGAUAGGCUAUAUCAGGGAGAUGGUAAUGAGAACGCGUUCAACUUUGGCACUUGUGUAGCCUACUCAAUGUUGCUUUGGGUUUAAUUAGACCUGGAAGAGUUUUGUUGCUAUGAAGCUGAUAUAUCCCUGCUCUUUUCUCCAAAACUGUCCAUUGAAAAGUUGUUGGCAGUCAAAUAUCAGUCAUUAGCAAUCCAAUCCAGUACAAUCAAGCAAUUUAUCACUCAUCUCAUACAGUCAGUCAUCUCAUGCUACACCAAGUAAAGUAGUCUGGAGUGGGGCCUUGCGGGACUUUAUCUGGGCAAAUUACCCAAUAUCAGCCUAUAGCUGAUAUUGGGUAAUUGUUUAACAUAAUUAGUAACCAGCCUGAACUUAAUUAUGCACGUAUGUUUUGCUGUUGAAUUCUUUCCUUACAGAUGCAGAGGAAAAAUCUUGGCAGUUGUGCUACUGGAGAGGGCACAGUGAUCGUGACCACACAUCUGUGAAGACGAUUUCCAGAAUGCCGCCUGGUAUCGCAACUGCAAUAUCACUGGAGAAACGUCCAUCUGCUAAAGACCGCAGGGAGAUGGUACGGAUCCUUGUUGAUGAAAUGAGGCUGAAUGAACCAAAUCCAUCAAAGUCUCAGUGCCAGACAAUAGCCAAGAUGAUUGUAAAGUAACAUCCUAAGAGCUUUGCUGAUGUUAUGAGAGAUGGCACUGUGAUCGGCAGUGGCUAUGGAUCUUUUUUGACUCAACUAAAAACACGAGUAGAACAUGUUAAUCGUGGAAAUGCUCUCUCCAGACGAUGGAUGCCGAAAAGGGUCUCAAAUGCACCUGAAGACAUAGCCAGAGGACCAGCUGACCAAUAUGGCUGCGUGAGAUGGCAAUCUAACUGUCCACCAGGGGACACUGUAGAGGGUCUUGAAGAGAAAAAGAGUGAAAUGAAACACCUGUAUCACACUGAGGGACCAGCUGGUGCAGAGAGAGGAUAUGUGAUUCAGUUAAUGAAAACAACCUACUACCUACAAAGGAAACACAUCAAUGCCUGCCCACCUCCUUCAGUUUCUGAGCUGAAGAGUGAGUGGCCCUAUCUUUUUAUUCCGAGGGAGUUGUACAGCCAUUUCAAUUUGCUCACCGACAUCAACAUUCUGAGAAAAAUGGAACAGGCUAUGGAAGAAAAGGGGAAGCUGAUCCUUAAGUUCUUCCAGCACAGACCAGCAGGUACCAGUGCAGAUGAGGUUGAACGCAUCCUGGUCAAGUACAGCAAAGAAGAAAAGUGUGAUCCAUGCCCAUGUGUGAUUCUGCUGCUGAUGGCCCACUUCAAAGAGAAAUCUGAGGGGCUCAUUUUACAGACCGAUGUGUUCUCAAUAGCAGUUGAUGUUGAGAGAACAAUACUGCUUCCUGCGUCUCCAAGACUCAUUGUCUUAGGUGAUGUCUUCACAGCAACAAAUUGGAUGCUGAGCAUUGAGGGCCAUGUGGUUGUGGGUCCACACCAGAACAUUGUGGCUGGAUUGGCUGCGUUAUUCGCAUGCUACUAUGCAUUCAAUUUGGUGUAUCAAGAGGAGGCGUCGAACACACUGGAAUUCAUUCAAAGAUGCUUCCUAGGGAUCAACCCAACCUCUGGCACAAAGGCCACAAAGUGGAUCAGUCCAAGAAGUGGGAAGGUGCAAGAGAAGAGGAACAGCAAUGUCAACCUUCAUGUCUCUGCACUUCUAAAAAGGUUAAUGGACUUUGAAUGGCUUUGAGCCCGUUGCAAAAGAAACAACAAUGGCACACUGUUUUGUUUAAAAAAAAAAAAACAAUGGUUCCAAAAUGUGGUUAUUUUUUACACAUUUGACUUUGUUGCUGCAAAUUACAGUAGUUAAUUCAAAGUUACACUGUGUGGCUGCAAGUCUUGUGCAGUCUGGUGUAAGUUUGUUCAUGUCUGUGUGAGUUUGAAAAUAUACACAUCCAAUAUUGAGUGUUAAUAAAUGUUUUGUAUUGUUGCA